AGGCCAGAAUCCACAUUUUGUGGGUGGGAUUUAGCUACCCUCCAUCUUUGGUGUACUGUACAGCCAGAUUGACGAAAAGAAAACACAAUUUGGAAGUAAAGAAGACUGGCGAAAUAGUUUUGAGUUCUAAUUGAAAGAGACAAACGAAAAGCCCAAACCCUAGACGGUAUGAGGACAUUGUCGUAGUGAAGCCAUGGCUGAUAAGAGAAAACUCCAAGGUGAAAUUGACAGAUGUUUGAAAAAGGUAGCUGAAGGUGUAGAACAGUUUGAAGACAUUUGGCAGAAGCUUCACAAUGCAGCCAAUGCCAACCAGAAGGAAAAAUAUGAGGCAGACCUUAAAAAAGAGAUUAAAAAGCUACAGCGAUUGAGGGAUCAGAUAAAAACAUGGGUGGCAUCAAAUGAGAUCAAAGACAAAAGGCAGCUAGUGGAUAAUCGCAAGGUCAUAGAGACGCAAAUGGAGCGGUUUAAGGUGGUAGAGCGGGAGACAAAGACGAAGGCCUACUCUAAAGAAGGCCUGGGGCUCGCCCUGAAAGUGGACCCAGCUCAGAGGGAGAAAGAAGAGACGGGAAACUGGCUAACGAAUACGAUAGACACUCUAAAUAUGCAGGUGGACCAGUUUGAGAGUGAGGUAGAAUCCCUCUUCAUUCAAACCAGGAAGAAGAAAGGAGAGAAAGAGAAGCAGGAUCGCAUUGAGGAGCUAAAGAGGUUUAUAGAAAGGCAUAGGUACCACAUUCGCAUGCUGGAGACCAUCCUGCGCAUGCUAGACAACGACUCGGUGCAGGUGGACUCCAUCCAGAAGAUCAAGGACGACGUGGAGUACUACAUGGAGUCGUCACAGGACCCAGACUUUGAGGAGAACGAGUUCAUUUACGACGACCUGGAUCUGGAGGACAUCCGUGAGUCGCCCAUGGACAGCCAGGAGCUCGAUGACGAGUCCUGGGAUGAUCAUGAUGAUGAUGCUCAUGCUAUCAGCUCUGCAGCGCUGGUGGCCACCUCUCCAACGGGCUUGGGGAACAUAGAGGAUGAGAUGUUCCUCCACUCGAGCAGCACUCCCACCUCCACCACCUCCUCUUCCCCCAUCCCUCCAUCCCCGGCCACCUGCACUGCUGAGAACUCUGAGGACGAUAAGAAGAGAGGGCGGUCGACAGACAGGGACGUUAGUCAGUCUCCUGCGAAGAACGGCCCUUCCUCCUUGUUGUCCUUUUCCUCGUCCGCCAAUUCCGGGUCCUCUUCUUCCUCCUCUCUUGUAUCCAUGGCCGCCAUUGUCGGAGGCAACCCUGGGGUUCCCACAAGCAACAGUCUAAUAGGAAGCUUCAGCAGCGCCGUACAACAUCAGCCUCAACCUCCACAGCAACCAGUCCUGCAGCCACUGCAACAACCACAACAACCCCAAACUAAACCUUGCACCCCCAGCCCACCCAGCCACCCCCUUCUCUCCACCGCCCCCUCUCUCCCCACACCCACCACACCCAUUUCAGCCUCCCCAAACUCCCUGCCCCAGGUCUCGCCUGGUCAUAUCCUCAACUCCAGCCUAGGCCUUGGGUUGGGCCUGGGUAAAGUUGGCAUGACGGGGACAAGCAGUGCCAACUCAAUGUCUGGUCUGGGCCUGACUGGGAUGUCUACCUCUCUGAACACCAUGGCAGGCCUGCUCUCUGGGUCCACCCAUGCCCCUUACGCCCAGGCAGCCUCGUUGGGAGGCCUGGGUCUGAGUACCACUACCCAGUCCAGUGUCUCAGUGGAGAGCUCCUCCAUCCCCACCUCUUGCUCCAGUGGAGUGACCACCAACGGGACUGGGACAGGCCUGGGCCUGCUGGGGUCCAGCCCAGCACACUGCUCCCUGACUGGGGGGAUCCUGGGCCUGGUGCCUGGGCAGAGUGUGAUCCCUGGGCCCCCUCUGAUCCCUCUCAGCCCGGUUGGAGCUGCCCCGGGGGGGGCAGUGGGGAUGAUGGGAGGAAACGGAGGAAGCAUGGGGCCAAUCGGAGGAGUAGUUGGGUCGAACGCAGCCCCUGCCAGACCACCCAGUGGACUGAAGCAGAACGGAAGCACAAGUUACAGUGCUGUGGUGGCAGAGAGCACAGCAGAGUCCGCCUUCAGCACACCCAGCCAAUCACAGAGCAGCCAGCCUUCCUCGCUGACGACCUCAGCCAGUCAGCAUAUGGACAACGGUCCCAGCCUCAUCAGCUCCAUCACCUUGCCCCCCAGCUCUCCGUCCCCCUCGUUUUCCGACAGUAUCCCCGGUGGAGGGAGUCUCCUCAAUGGACCCCACUCCUACACACAGGCCUCUGAGGGCCUCAAGCUUCCUACAGACCUCCGUCAGAUACUGAUGGAGACCAGAAUGUCAGCGCAGGCCCCAGAGCCGCCAGGGGCCAUGGCUACAGCCACUAACACACGAAAGAGAAAGCAGUGUCAGGCCCCGGAGCCUCUGAGUUCUCUGAAGGCGAUGGCUGAGAGAGCAGCAUUAGGAUCAGGUCUGGAUGGAGAGAUCCCCAACCUGCACCUCACAGACAGAGACAUCUUCUCUGGUUCGUCGGCUGCCCCCGGCACGCCCGCGGCCCCCCAGCCCUCCCUGUCGGAGGUGAGUAUCCCCCCUUCCCUGGGGGUGUGUCCCCUGGGUCCCACUCCGCUCUCAAAGGACCAGGUGUACCAACAGACCAUGCAGGAGUCUGCUUGGACACACAUGCCGCACCCCUCAGACUCCGAGAGGAUCAGGCAAUACCUGAUGAGGAACCCAUGCCCCACCCUGCCAUUCCAUCAUCAGAUGCCCCCCCACCACUCAGACUCUAUAGAGUUCUACCAGAGACUGUCCACAGAGACGCUCUUCUUCAUCUUCUACUACCUGGAGGGCACUAAAGCUCAGUACCUGUCAGCCAAGGCUCUGAAGAAGCAGUCGUGGAGGUUCCACACCAAGUACAUGAUGUGGUUCCAGAGGCACGAAGAACCCAAGACCAUCACUGAUGAGUUUGAACAGGGCACUUACAUCUACUUUGACUAUGAGAAGUGGGGUCAGAGGAAGAAGGAGGGGUUCACCUUUGAGUACAGGUACCUGGAAGACCGAGACCUGCAGUGACAGAGGGAGGAGAAACGUGCUGCUGUUGACAUUCCGAGACUGACCUAACUCCAUGCUGUGGAUAGAGAUUGUGAUGUGUAGUAGAACCCUGCUCCUAAAAUGGAGGAUGUUGUCUGUAUAGGCAGCGUCUAAUGGCACCCUACUCCCCACAGUGUACUACUCCGGCCCAAAGCCCUAGUAGUGGGGAAUAGAACCCCCUACCUAUAAUGGUCUCUGGUCAGAAGUAGUGUACUAGGGGGGAGUAGGGAGUCAUCACAGAUCUGUGCCUGUCUGAACACUCAGUAUGUGGCAUUACAUUAGGAAGCUCCAUGCAUGUUCCCCAUGUUGGUUUUGUUUUUCUUUCUGUUUCAACAACAAACUCUGUACUGCCCCCAACUGGAGUAUAGAAGCCUUGGACUAAACAACAACAACAAACUCUGUACUGCCCCCAACUGGAGUAUAGAAGCCUUGGACUAAACAACAACAACAAACUCUGUACUGCCCCCAACUGGAGUAUAGAAGCCUUGGACUAAACAACAACAACAAACUCUGUACUGCCCCCAACUGGAGUAUAGAAGCCUUGGACUAAACAACAACAACAAACUCUGUACUGCCCCCAACUGGAGUAUAGAAGCCUUGGACUAAACAACAACAAACUCUGUACUGCCCCCAACUGGAGUAUAGAAGCAUUGGACUAAACAACAACAACAAACUGUACUGCCCCCAACUGGAGUAUAGAAGCCUUGGACUAAACAACAACAACAAACUGUACUGCCCCCAACUGGAGUAUAGAAGCAUUGGACUAAACAACAACAAGCAAACAUACAUUGGAUUUGGUUACAUGUGAAAAAAGCCCAUCUUGCUUGAAUUGACUGUAAUUAGUGGUUUAGAAUGGAGACAUACAGUUGUCUAGCUAGCCAGCAGACAGGGCUCAUUUUAAGAUGUUAUGAUGCCUGUUGAUUAAGUUCACUAUUAGAGAUAGUGAGUGAUUGUCAAUAGUUUUAUUGAUGUCGUUUUGGUCGAUAAAACGCUCUGAUUGAGAAUGACCACAUGGCCUCUUCCUUUUGAUGGGAAUAGAGAGGCAUUAUUGGACAUUGGAUUAAAUUGCUAUGCAAUUGAACUGGUCUCUGCCUCCCUCUCUCUUUACAAAUAAAAUAUUUUAAAGUGUAACUGUGAAAGGAAACACAUCGUCAUUGGGGCAUUAUGUUUGUGAGAUUAGCUAAUAAAGGAUUUGUACCUGAAAGAAGCA